CUUUGCUUGUGAACUUCCAUGGGAGUGGUCUGAUGCCAGCUGGAGGCCGUCCAAAUAAUAGUUCAGCUCUCAGGCAACAUGGGUGUGGAUUCAAAGCUGAAUUAGUAACGCAUUUUGCGUUUCCCACACGAAGAUAUCAUGCGGACGAUCCCUGGCCGAGGGAAUGAGUUUACGGUAAACAGUCUCUAGGAGUUGGCGGAUGAUCCCUUACUUCGUGUCCAAUCGCAGCGCAGCAAGCUUCGCUUCCGGAGACUUUGGUGAUGUGGCCAUGUCCUGAACCGAGGAAACAGACCCAAUAAAGAUCCGUUCACCUGGAGCCACUCGUACAGCGUGAUGUUUAACCGGCUGGCCUCAGUCCUCCAGGAGCUCUCUGGAGAAGAGGCCCCUGAUGGAGACCCACAGGAUGGGCUGGUUCCCCAGCAGCCCGGGCCCUCAGAGGCCCCCGGCUGGGAGGCGUCUGAGGAGACGGCGGAGCGGCUCGCCCACCUGGAGCAGCUGGUGGUGCAGCUGAAGGAGCUGGUCCGAGACAAGGACACCCAGCUGGCGCAGAGAGACAGCCAGAUACAGAGUGAGAAGGACACAGCUGAGGCCCGCUUCACUAAACUCAAGCUGCAGGCCAAAGCCAAGAUGGUCGCCCUCAACAAACAGAUCCAUGAGCUGAAGGGCCAGACAGGGCCGGCGAGUCCAGACAGCUCCUUCACUGGGGGGCCGGAGGUGGAGGAGGAGGUCCGGGCUCUGAGGACCAGGCUGGGGGAGGAGGAGGCAGCCAGCAGGGACCUCCUCCAGAGACUCGAGACCACCCAGCAGCUCCUCCAGGAGAGAGAGACGGCCCACACUGAACAGCUGAGGGUGCUGCAGGCCGUGCUGUGUGAGAAGGACGUGCGUUUCCAGGAGCAGAUUCAGAAGCAGGAGGAGGAAAUUAUGACGGUGGCGUCUCAGGCUGACCCUGAGCUUCAGAAGGCCCUGCAGCUGUCCCUGCAGCGUUGUGAGGAGCUGGGUGCGGCUUUGCAUUCACGCUCCCUGGAGUUGGAGCUCCUGCAGCAGGAGGUGGCGAGCGCCGACCAGCAGAAACAGAUCCUCACCGCUCAGUUCAGGCAGAUGGACGAGGAGCUGGGCGAGUCGGACAGGAGGAGGGAGGAGGAACGCCGGAGGUGGACCCUGGAGCUCAGCGGAGCGCAGGAGGAACUGGGAGCACUCAGAUCCAACAUGGAGGCCUGGGCCAUGGAGAAGGUGGAGCUGGAGGCCCUCAGAUCCAACAUGGAGGCCUGGGCCAUAGAGAAGGUGGAGCUGGAAGCCCAUAGAUCCAACAUGGAGGCCUGGGCGAUGGAGAAGGUAGAGCUGGAAACCCUCAGAUCCAACAUGGCUGAGUUUGAAGCCCUCAGAUCCAACAUGGAUGCCUGGGAGUCUGAGAGGAUGGAGCUUAAAGCCCUCAGAUCCAACAUGGAGGCCUGGGAGAUGGAGAAGGUGGAGCUGGAAGCCCUUAGAUCCAACAUGGCUGAACUUGAGGCCCUCGGAUCCAACAUGGCUGAGCUUGAAGCCCUCAGAUCCAACAUGGAGGCCUGGGCGAUUGAGAAGGUGGAGCUGGAAACCCUCAGAUCCAACAUGGCUGAACUUGAGGCCCUCAGAUCCAACAUGGCUGAGCUUGAAGCCCUUAGAUCCAACAUGGAGGCCUGGGCGAUUGAGAAGGUGGAGCUGGAAACCCUCAGAUCCAACAUGGCUGAACUUGAGGCCCUCAGAUCCAACAUGGCUGAGCUUGAAGCCCUAAGAUCCGACAUGGCUGAGCUUGAAGCCCUCAGAUCCAACAUGGCGGCCUGGGAGAGCGAUAAGGCAGAGGUGUCCAGGCUGGAGUCGGAGCUGGCCUCCCUGAGGGAGGCAGAGUACUGGGCUCUCAGCGCCAGCCAGGAGGCCCUGGAGGAGCAGAAGAAGGAGGUGGCCAGGCUGGAGUCAGAGCUGGCUGGGGUGAAGGAGGCGGAGCUCACAGCAGAGAGCCGCCGAGCAGAGAUGAAGGGGGAUCUCAGUGCUCAGCGCAGCAGCCUGGAGAGCGGACCGGAGAGGCUGGAGGAGGAGAGCCUGAGGCUGGGCCAGUGCCCCCUGGCUCUAGAAGAGGGGCCUGAGGCAGCGGAGGACGGCUCUACACCCAGGGAUCGGUCCCUGUCCCAGGGCAGAAUGGAUGCCCUCGGGGCCAGGGUGAGCACGCAGAAGGAGGAGCCCUGCCAGCAGCUCACCCACACAGUGGAGUUCCUGCAGGAGCAACUGGAUGCAAAAAUAUCGUGGCAGGAGGGAGGCACUGUUAAGAAAACUCUGGAGGAGACGGGAAUGAUGUCCACUGAAUCACCGGUCCAGCCAGCCACUGAAUCACCAGUCCAGCCAGCCACUGAAUCAUCAGAGCUCGACUCAUCCGGGUCUGAGAAAGCCCACAUCCUGUCUCUGGAGCAGCAGUUACUGGAGAAGGACAGCGAGCUUGCCGCCCUGAGGGGAUCCCUCGCUCUAACUCGGGACCAAACGUCCAGCGUUGCAGCAGCCGAACCAUCGGACCACAUCACAGAACAGGAAGGCCACGCCCCCGCGACCCCCUCCGACGGGGUCCCGGCCGACCCCGACUGCCUGGAUGAGUCUCAGGAGGAAGACACCACCCUGGUGGCUGAGGACUCCCCCGUCCUGUCCCCCGAUAACGGCAGCAGCCCGGAGCUCCUCCAGCCGCAGUCGGACUCCCCCGAGGGCUCCAAGGGGGCGUCCUCGGACGAGAUGGUCACCAGCACGGACUCUGAGGUCGCUCACAGCAGCUGGACGAUGCUGGACGCCGUCAACCAGGACGGGAGCCAGGAGUGGCCGUCGGUCCUGCAGGACGUUGGCCAGCUACAGGUGCAGUCCUGGGAGGAGUCCAGUGUGGCGCAGGAGACCACCACGGUACGGGUGGAGGGCUCCUCCGUCGUCAUCCGUGAGACGGUGCAGGUCCAGCUCCCUCAGCAGGGGGGGGGCCCCGGUCAUCCCGCCGGGCAGGUCUUUGCCCAGGCCCUCGCUGAGGAACUCCAGAGGAGGUACAGCGAGCUCCUUGCCGAGCUCCAGGCACUCAGAGAGACCUCAAAGGUGUCCCAGGAGAGGAUCUUGAGCUUGGAGGAAGAGAAGAACGAGUUGUUAUCCGCUAAGGAAGAGGCAGAGUCUCAGGUCAGACGCUUUGACGAGGAGCUCCAUUCCGCCAGAGAGGAACUAGAUGCACUCACUCAACGAGGUCCGGCAGAAAGAGAAACCAUGGAGAUGAGCCUCUUGGAGGAACAGAUCACCGUUUGGAAAGCUGAGAGCGAAGCCAAGGAGCAUAAGAUUCAGGACCUUCAGAGCGACCUUGAAAGAGCACAACAGGCCCUCUCUGAGCAGGAGGUUCAGGCCGGCCUGCUCUGCAUUCGGUUGGAGGACCGAGAGCUUCUGUCAUCUGAGCUGGAACGCAAGCUUCAAGACAUGGAGAGCAGCCUGCUGGAGAACUCCCAGUGUGCCGACGUUAACAACGCGUCGUUGGUAGAGAAGGACUUUGAAAUCAACACACUGCAGCUCAGAUUGACGGAGAAAGAGCAAGAGAUGUCAGAGCUGUGUGACGGCAUGUCUGCCAAACUUCUCCAGGCUGGAGAGGAAAAGUUUGCAAUCAGUAGUGAAGUCAAACAACUGAAAGAGCAGAUAUCUGAGUUGGAGAAAGUCAGAGAAAAGGAAAACCAAACAAACCCUGAAAGCUCAGUGGGUGAAGAUGAAAUCGGUAUUUUGCGAAAAGACAAACAGGCUCUGGAAACGCAACUAGGAAACAUGAAGAAGAAACUUCAAUUGGCUCUGCUGCAGCGGAAGGAGCUGAUGAGGAAGGUGGCAGACUUUGAGGGAGAUGCCAAAAAACGAGAGGAGGGGAAAUCAGAUGAGACCACAACAGUGGAGCCUUCUGGUAGUUCACCAACAGCGUACAAAUACACCAGUCAAGAGAUCCAGGCAUUGGAAGCCAUGCUCAAUACGGUCCAGCAAUCCUUGAAGUCUAAAGAACAAGAAGUUGAGUUCCUGGAGCAGAGGAUCAGCCAACAGGAUCAGCUUCUCUCGGAAAACCUCAAUGCUAGUCGGAGCGUGGAAGCUCCACAGCCCCUCCAGGCCGACGAGCCUCCUGAAGCCACCGCGCUCAGGUCCCAACUCGCCUCCCUUCAGUCGGAGUGUGAAGCGCUCCACAAGAAACUCCUCGACGCCCAGGAGUCUCGAAAAGAGACGAUACGCAAGGCCAAAGAAAAGGACAGGCACCAUCGGGAGCAGCUGAAACAGCAGAAGGAAGAGUACAACGACCUCAUGGGGCGCUUCGAGGGGCAGAGUGGGGAGAACCAGGACCUUCUGACCAAACUAAGAGAUCUGGAGAAGGUGGUGGCACUUAACAAUGUGGCCUCCGAUACGGAGGCACUGGCGUGUCAGGCCCCUCCGGCGGCUGAAGAACCACAGAAACCAGAAGCAGGUGGUUGGGUCCAAGAGGAUUGGGUUGACUUCGCAGCUCCUGAGGGUGAUUCAGCUGCGCAGCACCAGGAGAAAGCCCUUCGUCAAGAUGAAGGUACAGCUUCCUCUUCAGAAACGGACAUGUCGCUGGAAAAGCUCAGGGAAGAGUAUCAGGUAUCGCAGACGGCCCGUACCGAGUUGGAGGAGAAAUUGCAGUACACUAGGACUGCCCUGUCACAAAAGGAGACGGAACUGGAGGACCUGGGCAAAGAGCUUGAAGGCUUCAGAGAAAGGGAAAAGCAGGCAGAUGUUCUCUCAGCCGAAAUACAAACUCUAAGAGAGAAGUUCACCCAAGCGGAAUCCUAUGCCGAAACUAUUAAACUGGAAAUGGAGAACACAGUUAAAGUGGCCUGUGAGUCAUCUGUUACAAACCUGCAGGCAGAAAUGGAGGAGUUCAAGUUGUUCCUUGAUAAUAAGAAUCAAGAAAUCCAGGAAUUGAGCCAGCAGCUGGGUGAGCAGAACGCACUGCUACGGAUCAUUCAGACCACAGUGUCCCAGAAAGACCAGCUCAUCCUUUCUUUACAGGAAGACCUCAAGGCGGAACAGGAGAAAUCCCUGCGACUUGAGAGUGAGGUCCCACUGAAGCAGGAGGAAGAGAAAGACAGCGAAGCCAAAGUCCAGAAACUCCAGCGCAAGCUCCAGGCUGCUCUGAUCUCCCGCAAGGAUGUCCUCAAAGAAAACAAGACCCAGAAAGAGGAGCUUGCCAGUAAAGAAAAGGUCAUCGCCAGGUUGACGAAGAACACGGAGGAAAGGGACACUGAGCUGGAGAAGCUACGAGCAGAGAAGGUGAAGUUAAUAGAGGAGGUCGACCGUACCUUGGUGGAGAACCAGAGUCUUGGGUCUUCCUGUGAGAGCCUCAAGCUGGCUAUGGAAGGCAUACUAUCAGAGAAGGAUGCUUGUCAGAAGGAAGUGAAGUUUGCUAAAGAGGAGGCCGCUAGGACAUGCAGGGAUUUGCAGGACAAGAUCCAGAGCAUGAAAGAGGAGUAUGAGACUCUGCUGAAGUCCUAUGAGAACGUCAGCGAUGAGGCCGAGCGCGUGAGGCGGGUCCUUGAGGCUGCCAGGCAGGAGAGGCAGGAGCUGGCCUCCAAGAUACGGUCACACGAGGUUGCCAGGCAGGAUGCCGAGAAGCAGGUCGAAGAGGCUCACAAAGAAGUGGAUCUGAUCAAAGACAAGAUGAGAAAGUUUGCCAAAACAAAGCAGCACAAAAUCCUGGAUCUGGAGGAGGAGAACGAGAGGCUUCGGGACAUAGAUGAGAGGAAGGGAGGAAGGAGAGAUGGUGAUAAAGUGAAGGUCGAGUUGGAAAGACUUCGAGGAGAACGAGAAGCUUUGAAAGUGAAGUUUGAGGCAACGGUAGAAGAAAGAGACUCUUUGGUAAGGCAGGUUGCAGACUUAACAGAACAACUGACCCAGCAGGCUGAGAAAGACCAGGGUCAGACCGCCUCCUCAUUGGACUCUGGAGAUAUGGUGGAGGAGUCUAUUGUAGCCCAACAGUCUGCAACACUCACGGCUCAAGCUAAUAUAGAAGGAGCUGUUGGUAGUCAACCUCAAGAAAAAUAUGAACUUGAGGCCAAAUGUGAAACCCCGGAUGAAGGGACACCAGUGGAAACUAAAUCAGAGUCCGAACCAACUGAGCAGACAAUACAGACGGAGUCGACCGACAUGAAGCAGGCUUUACUUAAGGACAAAAUUAGGGAUUUGGAGGAACUUCUUGCAACAGAGAGGGAACAGAGACAGGAGGUAGAGACCGCCUUGGCCUCUUUAGAACAGCAACUUGAGGUUCUCAAAGAGAAGGAUCAGAGCCUCACCGCCUCUCUACAGCAGAGUCUCCAAGAGGUCCAAGAGAAGGAGAAGACUAUUGUUGAGGAAAGUUCCAGAAAGGAAGCUCAGCUCAAAGAGCUGCGCAGGAGUCUGGAGGCUGAGAAAGACGACCUGGAAGAGCGUCUGAUGAACCAGCUGGCCAGGCUCAACGGCAGUAUUGCUGGCUACCAGCAGGAGGUGGGCGACGCCCGGGAGCGCCUGGCGGACCUCCAGCGGGAGGUGGAGAGGCUGGAGAGGGAGCGGGCGGAGCUGGAGGCCCAGGCCCAGAGCGAGACGGACCGCGCCUCCCGGCUGGAGGAGGACAAGAGGCAGGCCCACAGGGAACGCGCCGAGGCCGAAGCCGAGUCGGGCAAGCAGAGGGAGCUGGAGCAGCAGCUGCGGUCCGCCAAGAGGGUCCGGGAGGGCAGCCAGAACAGGACCCGCCAGCUGGAGGAGCUGCUGAGGGAGAAGCAGCUGGAGAUGCGGCAGCUGCAGAACGACAGCAUCAAGUACCAGGAGAGGAUCAGCGAGCUGGGCCGGGACAACAAGGCCCUGCAGAUGGGCCGCCAGGAGCUCCAGAAACAGCUGGACCAGGCCCAACUGGAGUACUCCAAGACCCUGGAGCAGCUGACGAGCAGCGAGGUGGAGCUGGCUCAGUGUAAAUCCCAGCUGGACGAGGCCCAGAAGAGCGCGGCAAAGGCCUUGGCUGAGAAGGAGGCGUUCGAGCGGGCGACCCUACAGAGGGAGGACCUGAUCAAGUCCGAGGCGGAGAACACCCUGGACGCCGUGAGGUACCGGCUCGGCGCAGAGCUGAAGGAGAUCGAGCUGAGGCUGGAGGAGGCCUACAGAGACCGGGACAAGGAGGAGGAGGCCAACCUGCAGGCCCGGGAGGUCGCGGCAGGAGCGGAGAGGCAGGCUCAGGAGAUGCAGGCCCGCCUGGACGAGUCUCUGGCCAGGCUGGCGGCGUUCUCGCGCUGCAUGUCCUCGCUGCAGGACGACCGGGACCGCGUGCUGGACGAGGUGCGGCAGUGGGAGACGCGCUUCAGCGACACCCUCCAGGGGAAGGAGUCCGAGGUGCGGCAGGGCGAGGCCCGGGCCAGGGACCUCUCUGAACAGCUUCAGAAAGAGACCUCCCUGAGAGAGGAGCUGCAGGCGACCGUGAAGAGGCUAGAGCAAACCAACACAGAGCAGCAGUUGAGACUGGAGGAAGAGGACAAGAAGAUGCAAGAGGUCAAGACUUCCCUGGAGCUGGAGCGGGUGAGGCUCCAGGAGGCCACUGCCCAGCUGCAGAGCGCCCAGGCAGAGUGCCGUGCGCUGGGCAGCGAGGUGGAGGGGCUCCGCCAAGGGAAGCAGGCCCUGGAGGAGGCGGUGGAGAGGCUCCAGGGAGAGGUGGAGCGGGCCCGGGCGGCUCUGGGGGAGAGGGAGGCGGAGGAGAGCCGGCUCUGCCUCCACGUGGAGCAGCUGGAGACAGACCUGCGCUCCUCCAAGGCGCUGCUGGAGACGCUGCAGACGGAGCUGAGUGAGAAGGAGCGGCGGGAGAUGGAGCUGCUGGGAGAGCGGGAGCAGGCCGUCGCUCAGGCGGCGGAGGAGGCCCGGGCCGAGGCAGAAGGCCGGGCGCAGGAGGCGGAGGCAGCGCUGGAGCAGAGGAGGGCGGAGGCCCGGGAGCUGGAGGAGAGGCUGGGGAAGACGGAGGAGGAGAGCAGCCUCAGUAAGGCCAGGCUGGACUCCUUCAUGAAGGCCAUGGUGUCCCUGCAGGACGACCGGGACCUCACCCUGCUCUCCUACAAGCAGCUGGAGGAGAAGCAUCUGCAGGUGAUGAUGGAGAAGGACGGGCUGAUCCAAGAGGCGGCCGGGGAGAACAACGGACUGAAGGAGGAGCUGCGCGGCCUGCUGGGCCAGCGGGACGACCUGCACGCCGAGCGGGCCAAGCUGGCCUCCCAGCUCCACAACUACCGCGAGGAGCUGAACCAGGUGCUCACCCUGAAGGAGUCCCAGCACCGCCAGGCGCAGGCGGCCCAGCGCGAGCGCAUCGCCGCCCUGGAGCAGCAGGUCCGCAGCCUGGGCGAGGGGCGAGGGGAAGGGGCCGUCGCGGAGAGGGAGACGCUCUCCCGGUCCGCCGACCCGGCGGGGGCGGGGGCGGGGCCGGACGCGCCGGGGGCGGAGGUGGAGAAGCUGAGGGAGCAGCUGCAGGCGGCCAGGCGGCGGGCGGAGGCGCUGGAGGAGGCCCUGCAGGAGGAGACGCGGGGGAAGGAGGCGCGGGGCAGGGAGCUGGCGGAGCUGCGGUGGGGCGACGGCGUGAUGCGCACCGAGUCGGAGAACGCCCAGGAGCGCGUGGCGGAGCUGGCCCGCGACCUGCUGAUGGUGGAGCAGAGGCUGCUGGAGGAGAAGGAGGCCUCCACCCGGCUGAGGGCGGAGAACCAGGCCUUCGGGAAGGCCAUGGCCUCGCUGCAGGACAGCCGGGAGCAGUCGGAGGCCCGGGCCCACGAGCUGGGGCUGCGGCUGGAGGAGGUGCAGCGGGCGGGGCCGGGCCAGUCCCCUCCCAGCAGCCCUCCUGGGGGUGGAGGAGGGUCCGCCACCGGAGAGGUGUGGAGCCUGAAGAACGCCCUGCAGGCCCUGCAGAACGACCGGGAGCGACUGCUGGAGCAGGUGCAGCAGCAGGGGGUGGAGCUGCAGCGGCUGCAGGCGGAGCGGGUGCGGCUGGGGGCGGGGGAGCUGAUCAAGGUGAGCCAGGAGCUGACGGAGGAGAGGACCCGGGCGGAGGACCUGAUGGGGGCCGUCCGGCAGCUGGAGGAAACGGUUGUGACCGGGAGGCAGGAGGUGGAGAUGCUGCGGGUGGAGCGUGCCGACUGGCUGUCCCAGCUGGAGCAGCGCGAGCAACAGACCAUGGCCGCGCUCUCCCACCGCGACCAGCAGCUCAGCCACAUGGGGGCGCUGCUGGAGGAGGCCCGCCUCUCCUCCAAGCCCCGCCCCGCCCCCCAGGAGGGGUACCAGACCCAGGGAACCCAGGAGACGGACAGCGCCCCCGGAGCCCCCCAGGAGCGGAUUGCCCCACCGCAGACCCACGUCAGCCUGGAGGAGGUCAAGGAGCUCCGCAGGAGGCUGGACGAGGAGUCCGAGCAGAGGGCCGCAGUUGAAGAGCAGCUCCUCCUCGCCCGGGGCCAACUCCAACGCAACGAGCAGGGGGAGUGGCUGUCUGCCCGCGACACCCACUCAGACACCGCCGUGCUCAUCGAGACACCAGGGGGCGCCGUUCGACAGACGCGGAGGGGCGGGGCCUCCCUGAAGCGGAUGCUGCGGGCGGCGCUGUGCUCCCGCCAGCGGACCCCCCUGCUGCUCUCCCUCUACCUGCUGGGUGUGCACGUGAUGCUGCUGCUCUGCCUGGGGGGCUUCCUCUAAGGACCACGUGCACACUCCUGCAGGAGGAGGAGGGG